AUGAACAAGAACGAUAGGGAGGAAAACCCGAGUGUUUACGGAUAUCCGAGUCUUGAGUAUCCUAAUAUCCCGAGUAUCCGGAUUUAUGGAUAUCCAAAUCUUGAGUAUCCGAGUACUCAUUUAGCACUCAGUUUAGACCCUAGUAUCCGGAUUUACGGAUAUCCGAAUCUUGAGUAUCCAAAUACUCAUUUAGUACUCAAUUUAGACCCGAGUUUUUACGGAUAUCCGAGUCUUGAGUAUCCGAACCCGAGUAUCCGGAUUUAUGGAUAUCUAAAUCUUGAGUAUCCGAGUACUCAUUUAGCACUCAGUUUAGACCCUAGUAUCCGGAUUUACGGAUAUCCGAAUCUUAAGUAUCCAAAUACUCAUUUAGUACUCAAUUUAGACCCGAGUGUUUACGGAUAUCCGAGUCUUGAGUAUCCUAGUACUCGUGUAGUACUCAAUUUAGACCCGAGUAUCCGGAUUUAUGGAUAUCUAAAUCUUGAGUAUCCGAGUACUCAUUUAGCACUCAGUUUAGACCCUAGUAUCCGGAUUUACGGAUAUCCGAAUCUUAAGUAUCCAAAUACUCAUUUAGUACUCAAUUUAGACCCGAGUGUUUACGGAUAUCCGAGUCUUGAGUAUCCUAGUACUCGUGUAGUACUCAAUUUAGACCCGAGUAUCCGGAUUUAUGGAUAUCUAAAUCUUGAGUAUCCGAGUACUCAUUUAGCACUCAGUUUAGACCCUAGUAUCCGGAUUUACGGAUAUCCAAAUCUUGAGUGUAGCUUGGGACUGCUGUCCACCGUAUUUCUUGUGGCAUUAGCAAUUACAACACCUGUUCAUCAUUUCGAUAUUGCAGAUUAUGUCUACGGGGUGGACGAUGAUUUACAAGCGAGAGCACGUGCAGGAAUCGAGGCCGAAAGGUUUACUUACCAAACAAAGACUAGGUUUCAAAAUAAGCCAGAAUCGGAUGAUGUUCCUUGCAGAAUCAAAUCAGAGAAACCUUGUCCACCGAGCAAGUACAGAACGCUUUCCGGUACCUGCAACAACGUAAGGCAUCCGGUUUGGGGUACUCGUGGGGCACCUUUCUUGAAACUACUACCACCGGCAUAUUCUGACGGUAUCGCGAGUCCCCGGGAGUCGUUCGGAAUCCACGUGCUUCCAACACCUACGAAAGCAGUGUCGAUGUUAAUCAACCACCUGCGCCUAUUACCAGAAGCUCAUGAAGGUUUAACCAGUUUAUCCGGCGUGUGGUCGGAACUGAUACUCAAAGACAUCGCGUCUGUAGUGCAUCCAUCGAAUUCAGGGAAUCUCUGCUGCUCAGAGAAAGCGAAGCACCCGGAAUGUUACGAAAUCUACGACGAAGAAGGCGGAUGCACGGAUUAUUGGCGCUCGGUACCGAGUUUGUCCGUGCACAAAUGCAACUUCGAGACUAGAGAACAGAUGAACGGUGCGUCAGCGUACUUGGACGCUUCCCAUAUUUACGGAAUAACUGAUGAGCAGUUGAAUCGACUUAGAACGUACCGUCAAGGAAAAGUAGACAUUUCUGCUUGUGAAGUGUGCAACAGUACCGAACACAUCGCUUUAGGAAUGAUAUACACUGUUUUCUUGAACGAACAUAACCGUAUAGCCGAGAAAUUAGCCGAAGCGAACGAGCAUUGGGAAGAAACGAAAUUAUUCUUAGUAGCUCGGAAACUCGUUGUGGCGCAGAUUCAACAUGUCACUUUAAACGAAUACGUGCCGAGCAUUCUUGGAGAAGGCGCUCGAACGGAUCCAGAAUUGCUGCCAGUUGCGAACGGAUUUUACAAUGGAUACUCGUCGUCGAACGUAGGAGGCACGUACGAUGCUGUUGCGCUGGCAGCUCUCCGCGCUCUGACGUCGCUGCGUAAACACGGCAUAGACGACGCCACGUGCGUCGAGAACCACGUGACCGCAUCAGCCAAUCGCGUGAAUCUCGAUCUGAGCCAGUCUGCUUUCGAACCGCGACUGGAUGCUAACGCGCGCUUUGUCCACGUGGGUCGCGAUCACGGACUCCCUGGCUAUGUAAACUUUGUGGCUGAUUGUUCUGUAAACAAUGUUACGGUGCAGAAUUUCGGAGAUUUGGAAAGUUUCAUGCGUCCCGCGCACGCAAGAUUGUUGGAAUCCGUAUACUCGCGGGUAGAAGACGUAGACUUGCUCCUCGGUGGAAUUUUAGAAAUUCCUACAAAGGGUGCAGCAGUGGGUCCAACGUUCGAAUGCAUUCUCAAGAGACAAUUCGUGAAAAUGAGAAACUCCGAUCGGUUCUGGUACGAAAACGACAUUCCUCCAUCCGGUUUGAAUCCAGCUCAGCUGGCUGAAAUCAGAAAAGUUACCCUAGCUGGGAUUCUCUGUACCAACACUAAAAUUCAAAAGAUUCAACCGAAAUCAUUCAUCCAGCAAGAUCCAUAUUUAAACGCUAGGAUCAAUUGUGAUCAGCACAGUGUGCUCGACAUAACUCCAUGGAGGGAGGAGCCACUUCCUGAACCAGUGAAAGAAAUAGCGAAUCACAAACCUGUGAUGCCGGAAAUCGUGCCAAAUCUUGACCCCAGUUUAAUAGCAGCAGCUGUGAAGAAAGCAGAAGCUGAUCUAAUCGAGAGAAAACAACUGGAGUACAAUUCAUGGUUGCAACAAAGAAUAGCUGACCCAAAAUCACCGGUAGGGACAGCUGCCAGUUUCUCUAAAGCUAACAGAGAUGCCCUGUUGCUAGCUAAUUCGUCGAUCAUGUACGAGUUAGCCACCAAUGAGAUUUUGAACGGCAUACACGGUUUGAAACGCAGAAGGCGACAGAUCUUCGAUACCACAGACAACAUCCUCGGUUUUCCCAACAACGAUUUCUCCGAUCUACUGCAGAACGUCGACAUAUCUGGAUUUCUAUCUCAAAACAAGCCUACGAACCACGAAGAAGUCGAAUGUCCCGUAGACGAUAGUCCUUGCGAUCCUACCAGUCUGUAUAGAACUCUGUCAGGUCAUUGUAACAAUCUGCGCAACCCUAAUCUUGGUCAAUCGUUGACAACGUUCGCGAGAUUGCUUCCUCCAGUUUACGAGGACGGUGUAUCGAAGCCUAGGACGACAUCGGUCACAGGAGUGACUUUACCUAAUCCUAGAACUAUCUCCACAGUGCUCCAUCCAGACAUUUCCAACCUUAGCAAUCGAUAUACUCUAAUGGUCAUGCAGUACGCUCAGUUUUUAGAUCACGAUCUCACAAUGACGCCGAUCCACAAAGGUUUCGCCGAGUCCAUACCAAGCUGCCGCUCUUGUGACUCUCCUCGUACGGUUCACCCUGAGUGCAAUCCUUUCCCAGUGCCUCCUGGUGAUCAUUACUACCCUACAGUGAACGUGUCUUCCGGCGCACGAAUGUGCUUCCCGUCUAUGAGAUCACUGCCAGGUCAACAGCAUCUGGGACCUCGAGAGCAGAUCAAUCAGAACACUGGUUUCCUGGAUGCGUCUGUGAUAUACGGCGAGAACACCUGCAUUUGUAACGUUCUACGUGGCUUCAGCGGCCGUAUGAACGUUACUCACAGUCUACAUCGCGGGGCAAAAGAUCUUUUGCCACAAUCCGCUACUCAUCCGGAGUGCAAAGCGAAAUCCGGCUUCUGUUUUAUCGGCGGCGAUGGUCGUGCCUCUGAACAGCCUGCUCUAACUGUGAUGCACACAGUCUGGAUACGAGAACACAACAGAAUCGUGGAACAUUUAAGACAAGUAAAUCCCCAUUGGGACAGUGAGAAACUGUUCCAGCAAACUCGUCGUAUAAUCAGCGCUAUGCUACAACAUAUCACGUACAACGAAUUCCUGCCGCGAAUUCUUGGCUGGAAUGCUGUUGCCCUCUACGGACUGAAGCUUCUACCUCAGGGCUACUACAAAGAGUAUUCGCCUACCUGUAACCCAAGUGUGCUCACCGAAUUCGCAACAGCCGCAUAUAGAAUCGGACACUCGCUUCUGAGACCUCAUUUGCCGAGGAUGGAUCAGAAUUAUCAAAACGUAGAACCGUCUAUCUUAUUAAGGGACGGCUUCUUCGAUCCUGACCCGCUCUAUCAGCACGGCAUGCUUGACGAGAUGUCACGAGGAUUGGUCGCUACUCCUAUGGAGAAUUUGGACCAGUUUAUAACCGGCGAGGUGACCAAUCAUCUGUUCGAGAUCCGUGGUAUUCCGUAUUCCGGGAUCGAUUUGAUAGCGCUUAAUAUUCAUCGUGCUAGAGAUCACGGAAUACCGUCGUAUAAUAACUAUAGAGCACUUUGUAAUUUGAAAAGAGCCAGCACUUUCGAGGAUUUGUCAAGGGAGAUGGCGCCGGAAGUUAUAGCCCGUAUGAAACGCAUCUACGCGUCUGUGGAUGACAUCGAUCUGUUCCCUGGUGGACUCAGCGAAAGACCACUUCAAGGAGGACUCGUAGGGCCGACGUUCGCUUGUAUAAUAGCGAUACAGUUCAGACAAUCGAGAAAGUGCGAUCGGUUCUGGUACGAGACCGACGACCCUAACAUCCGAUUUACCGAGCAUCAGCUAGCGGAAAUUCGGAAGGUCACGCUGUCGAAGGUUAUGUGCGAGAACAUGGACGAUCAUAACGACAUGCAACGAGCAGCGUUCGAUUUGCCGAGUAAUUUCUUGAAUCCAAGAAUUCCGUGCAGUUCUAUGCCACAUAUGGACAUGGCUACCUGGAGAGAAACCAGACAUGGAUGUCAAAUCGGAGGAAGAAACGUGGCUCUAUUUGUUUUUUAUUGAUAUUUAUUUAGCGAAAAUAUAUCGUAUCAAGUUACGAUUCGUAGAACUACUCAAUGCGCUUCUCUGAGGAUUACCGAUUGCAAUCAGCUUCUGCGCGAAGCUUCCCGAGAGGCAAUUUUACGAGACGACGUGUGCACGGCUCAGUGCGGCUUCGUCCUGGCAGCGACGGAAGCUACAUCGAGGCUUCAACAAUUCACUACGCCGACGAGCUUCCACGGUUUCAUGACACACAGAAAUAGCCUAAGAAGCGCGCCAACGCCACUUUCGUUCAAUGGCUUCAAAUUGCCCGAUCUCUCGCAAUUCGUAGGCUGA